AUGGGCGGUGUAUCUGGUUCGCCCAUCGAUUCCGCCGAGGAAAAGGCUCUUGUUAGACGCUUAGACAGACGCUUGCUACUGUUUGUCAUGUUUGGCAAUCUCGUCAAAACGUUGGAUAACACCAACCUAGCGAAUGCAUUCAUUAGUGGUAUGGAAGAGGAGCUAAAUAUCACCGGUGUCCAAUACAAUUGGAUGGUAGUGAUGUUUAUGAUUGGUUACCUUGUCAUGCAAAUUCCGUCCAAUAUGCUGUUAUCCAGGUUGCGACCAUCCAUUUAUCUUCCGGCGAUGGAAUUUGUGUGGUGUGUCCUAACCUUGUCAAUGGCUUGCGUACAGUCUGUGCGUGCGGUCUGCAUUCUCCGUUUUCUUCUUGGCUUGGCAGAAGCUGGCUUCUACCCCGGAAUUGUGUUCCUGAUCAGUAACUGGUAUACGAAACAGGAACUGGGAAAGCGGAAUUCCUUACUGGCUGUGUGUGGAGCUCUCGGUGGUGCGUUAAGCGGUUUAAUCCAAGCGGGAUUGCUGAAAACAAUGGAUGGUACCCUCGGCAUCAGUGGAUGGCGUUGGAUGUUCAUUUUUGAUGGAACGAUCACCGCUGGUCUAGUGGUCCUUGGCUACCUCUAUCUUCCCGACUACCCCAACAAUACCCAAUGGCUUAGUGAUAAAUAUUUGUAUCUUUUCGUCUUGUGUUGGGCAUCUCUCCAUCUAGGAUUAGGUCCAGCACAUGUCCUGGGCAUUGUGGCCAAGAAACUUGGCUACAGCGCCAUCUCGGCGAACCUCUUCACUACGCCGGAUAUGAUCAUUACCAUGAUUUGCGGUCUGUGUAAUGGUUUCGUUAGUGAUCGAUUGCAGACGAGAUUAUGGUGCAUCCUUGUACCCGCAUUUUUUGCCUUUAUUGGCUGCAGCUUGCUUUCCGUAUUCGUGCAGCCUUUCGGCUUCUUGUAUGUGGCAUUUAUUUUGGCUCACGCUGGACUUAGUUCCACGGCUGCGAUCACCAUGACGUGGGCAAGCGAAAUAUUAUCAUCAACGUCGUUGGAAGUGCAAGCGAUGGCACUUGCUAUUAUGAACACUUCCUCUUCCCUCAUGUUUACAUGGGCACCCAUUGUGCUUUGGCCAGUAACGGGUAAGAGCUGA